AUGUGCGUUUUAGUGACCGCUUAUUUGAGGAAAAUCCUCGAGAAUAACGUGGAUCAAAAUUUUCUAAAAGAAAACGCGCUCGAAGGUUUGGACGAUAGCGACGAUCCGUGCUUCAUUAUCAGUGAUAAACCCUUGCAAGGUCUAACGAACAUCACCCAGGCGUCCGUACAAAAUAUGUUUCAUAAGAAAACAGAAAAUGUCCAUAGCAGUUCAAUAACAUUAAAACCGAAAAUUGAGCAAGAACUGGACCGGCUAGUCAAAAACAAGGUGCUAGUGCCCACUGAAUUUUCAAAGUGGGCAACACCUAUCGUCCCAAUAUUAAAAAAAAACGGCGGUAUAAGGAUCUGCGGCGAUUUUAAGGUGACCUUGAAUUCCCAAUUGGAAUUUCAACAGUUUCCUCUUCCAAGAAUUGAAUACUUAUUUAGCCAACUAGAGGGGGGAAUGAAAUUUUCAAAAAUCGACCUUUCAGAAGCGUAUCAGCAAAUUUUGCUCGACGAUCAGUCCAAAGAGUUGGUUACCAUCUCCACACAUAAGGGGUUGUUUUCUUAUCAAAGAUUGCCUUUCGGCAUACACUGCGCGCCCUCCAUCUUCCAAAUAAUCAUGGAACAAUUAUUUAAUAUUCCUGGCGUUAUAUCAUUCCUAGAUGACAUUCUGGUGACAGGGAGAAACGAUCUUGAGCAUUUGGAACGAUUACAACAAGUCUUUCAAAAAUUAUCGGAAUGUGGCUUCCAAUUAAAAAAAGAAAAAUGUAGUUUCAUGCAAGAAUCCUUGACUUACAUGGGUCAUUUAAUUGAUAGGUUCGGCUUGCACAAAACCGAUGAGAGGGUCGAAGCAGUGGUCAAAACCAGGGUACCUUCCAACAUCACAGAACUUAAGUCAUUUCUCGGGGGCGUCAAUUAUUAUGUUAAAUUCUUACCGAACGCGUCGUCCAUCCUUUAUCCUUUAUACAGUUCAUUAAAAAAAAAACAUCCCUUGGGAAUGGACACCGGCUUGCCAAAAUAG